GCCAAGAAUAUCGCCAUGCCGCCAAGUGGAAAAGCCGUCAAGAAAGCUGGCAAAGCCAGGCCGGUCGGAGACAAGAAGAAGGGAAGGAGGAGAAAGAGGAGGGAGACCUUCGGCGUCUACAUCUACAAAGUGCUGAAGCAGGUGCACCCCGACACCGGCGUCUCCAGCAAGGCCAUGGGCAUCAUGAACUCAUUUGUCAACGACAUCUUCGAGCGCAUCGCCGCCGAGGCUUCCCGUCUGGCUCACUACAACAAGCGCUCCACCAUCAGUAGCCGCGAGAUUCAGACCGCCGUCAGACUCCUGCUGCCGGGCGAGCUGGCCAAGCACGCCGUCAGCGAGGGCACCAAGGCCGUCACCAAGUACACCAGCUCCAAGUAGAUCGAUCGCCGCUGCUCGACAUAACCCCGGCCUUUUUCAAGGCCACCCACAUCCCCACAAAAGAGCUGUCUCAAUCACACAACACACUAUGACUAUUCUGAGGUCAACUGGACUGCAGCCGGUUCACCCUGGAACGCAGUUGCGUAAUGCCGCGUAUUUAUACCCAAAAACAGGGAAAACUUCAUAAUCCAAAUCCUACAGUCUAAACUCCCUCAUAUUAUCAUACCACACAGUGAAGUUUACUCCUGGACACCUCUCACAUAACACGAUCUAGUUAUGCUUGAAGAAUUUUGUCUGCACUACUUUGUAUAACACGUCACAGACUCCGGGGGUCGCCCAUUUAUACUGUGUCCUUCGACCGUAAUAGCUAAGCCAACAUUAUGGUGCAGUCUUCGAUCAAACUGCUAGAAGCCGCUUUCGAUCGGUGCACUCAGACGUAAACCAAGGCGGCCGUAUUCAGUCCUAUCGUGGAGUUGUCUUCGGGGCUUCACGCUAGGUGCUCUUCACCACCACGCAAAGCUCAGAGGCUAGGUUUGCGUUGAAAUGUAGGUCAUGAAAUAUAUAUACCUUUGAAAUGAAAUGUAGAAUGUUUGGGGAAAAGCGGUCAAUUUAGGGCUCCAGGAUACAUUGUACUCGAAAAUCCUCCAGGAUACAUUGUACUCGAAAAUCACAUGAGUAGAUCAUAAUAAGAAAUACAAUAUGUUAAUUUUGUUUUGGUUGUUCCAAUUUAAUGUACGUCAUCAAUUGUACUGUGGAACUUAUGAUCAAUCAAUCAAUCAAUCAAGCCGCAGGCAUCAGAGUAGAUGCAUAGCGGCUGUAGCCAUGUCCCUCCAGGAUGUUCUGUUUUCCGCCAGCACUCUCCAGUCUGUUCUGCUGACCCCCAAACUGUCCAGCACGUUGAGAACCUGGUCCUCCCAUCUGC